CAGCAUGUUUCCAGCAGCUAACGGCUCCAGAGUGACGGUUGUUGGCGCCGUCGUCAUGGUAAUGAUGUUGAUGAUGGCGGAGGUGGAGUCGAAGCAUCCCAGGAAACGCUCCGACGGCUCAGCCGAGCAAACCGUGUCUCUGCGCCUGGACCCGGACCUGCUGCAGCCCAUCAGGAUCCCGCGGCCGCUGCACAACGCCUCCAUCUCGCCCUGGACCUACAACACGUCCCACGACGAGUCUCUGUUCCCGCCCACGCUGUCGGAGGCGCGCUGCCUGCUGAAGGGCUGCCUGGACCUGGAGGGGAAGGAAGACCAGAACUUGCAGUCCCGACCCAUCUGGUACCAGGUGAUGGUUCUGAAGCGGGUCAGGACGGAGGGGGCGGAGCAUAGCUACCACUACCGCCUGGAGACCCGCAACGUCCCCGUGGGCUGCACCUGCGUCCGGCACAUGGUCCACGUCCAGGAGUGAAUCCGGGUCCAGAACCGGGUCCAGAACCAGGUCCAGAACCUCUAGU